AUGGGUUUAAAAUCCGAACGCAAAGACUUUCCGCUAAAACACUGCGACUACGAGAUGGCGUUCCAGCGCAGUAUGAAGAAUGAUGUGUCGCGGUGAGUUUGAUCGCUUGAACUGUUAGUUAUUAGGGUUUUUGGAUGUGAAAAACAUCUGAAAAUGCUGCAGAUGGUAAAAAUUUGCAUAUUUUACAAUUUUCUACAAGAUCGAGGUCGGAAAUGAAAAAACGAAAAUUUAUGAAAAAAGACAAAAGAUUUGCAGUGCAAAUUACAUUAGGAAUCUUUCAUCAACUUUUGUAAAAUUUUGUAAAAACAAAAACAGCAUUUUUUUGGUAAUAUAAGGAUAAAGUGGCACAAAUUUUUAAAAUUUAAGUUUUGGAAAGCAAGUUCUUGCCAUUUGUGUCAAAAAAAGCUGGUUUACGGUUUUGCAGUGCGGGUGACAAGUUAUACGAUAAAAAGCUUUUUGUUUUGUAAAGAAAGUUCUUGCCAUUUUCUGUUUUGUAAAAAAAGUUCUUGCAAUUUUUAUUUUCAAAAUUUCAAAAAUAUUGUUUUAGCCGAGCAGAACGCACCCUGAUCCUGGUCUCCCUUCUAACCAUGUUCUUCAUCAUUGCCGAGCUGGUCGGUGGCUACCUAGCCCACUCGUUGGCCAUCGUAUCCGACGCCUUCCAUAUGAUCUCCGAUCUGGGCAGCUUCUUGAUCUCAAUCACUGCCAUUCAUUUGGCGAGGAAAAAACCCACCGCCCGCUACUCGUACGGCUUCCAACGGACCGAAGUCCUGGGGGCGUUGACUUCGAUUUUGAUCAUUUGGGUACUUACUGGAGUACUGAUCUACAUGGCUGUGGAGAGGAUAUUGACCAACGAUCUGGAAGUUGAGGUAGGGAUUGGGAAAAGGGCUAUAGGGUUAAACAUAGGGUUAAAAGUGUCAUAACAUAAGAGUAAAAGAGCUGUAACUCAAGAUUAAAGUGUUUUAACUUAAGGGUAAAAGCGGAAAAAUACAUAAAAAUAGUUUAAAAUAACAAUAGUGGCAUCACUUUAUUGUUUCUUAACAAAAAAUGUUCAAAACUCGAAAAAUCAUGUUUUCGUGGUGGAACCUAAAAAAUCAAGAAUUGGUUAUAAAUGUAAUUUUAAGAACAAAGACAAUUUAAAACACCAAAAUAAGUAGUAUUUUAACAUUUUUUAUUUUAAAAACGCCAAAAAAUGACAAAUAAUGUUUUCGUGGUGGGACCUAAAAAAGCAUGAUAAAAGUAGACACUUCAACUUUUAGUGAUAUGUCUUGUUAAAAUAUGUCUUUAAAAUGUAAAAUACGGAUUAAAAAAUAAUUUUUUUCUAAUUUCAGGCUGAUACCAUGAUGAUAACUGCCGGAAUCGGAGUAAUCUUCAAUAUUGUCAUGGGCGCUUGCUUGCAUUUUGGCAAAACCGGCCAUUCACACUUUGGAAUGUCACAUUCCCAUCAUGGUAUGCUUUUUUAUAUAAAUUUUCAUAGAAACUGCCAUUUUUAAAAAAAAAUUUUUGCAAUUUUGUUUUAAAUUUUUAAAAUUUCUAAAUUCAAAAAAAUGUCAAAUUUUGCCAAAGGAUGGCAUUUAAUACCUAAAAUAUUAUAAAUAAUCGUCACCAGUGCAAAUGUGCGUAUUUUACCUUCAAAACUCUUCAGGUCACGACCACUCCCACGGUCACGAGCACAAAAUCUCCAACGUCGAGACCUUAUCCGAAAAGACGAUAAAGUCGGUUGACGAAGAGGCCCACCACCACUCCCACCAUCAUCACCACCAAGAGAACAUCAACUUGAGAGCGGCGUUCGUCCACGUUUUGGGCGAUUUGGUCCAAUCGAUGGGGGUUUUAGUGGCUGCCAUUAUUAUCAAAUUCACUGGAUUCACAUUGGCUGAUCCUAUUUGCACCUUCAUGUUUGGGAUUCUUGUUUUGGUAGGUUUUAAUGGCGUUUUAAAAUGGUUUUUAAUUAAAAAAGGGUCAUUUUUGACAAUUUUCACAAAAAAAUCAUGGUAUCUGAAGUUUAAACGCUCAUAAAAUGGCGGAAAAUUAACAUUUUUGGAUGAAAUUGACAUUUUUAGAUAGAGAAAACUCUAGAUUUCCAUUUUGUAUAAAUAUCUUUAUGUAUUUUUGUCAAUACACCCUUUAAGCAAGCCUAAAACAACAAAUUUUCCAAAAUUUCCUAAUAAAAACAAAGCGCGCUUUCAUAGUAUAUUGCGAAAUUUCUCGCGCGAUAAUUAUAAGCAACCAGGUUCGAUUCCCAUCGCGGAAUAUAGUAAAAUACGGGGCAUCUGAGUUAUGAAUGUUUAAUAAAGUGGCAUAAUAAUUAUUUUAACGAUUAAAAAAAUAGUGAAAAUAAGAAUAAAGGUGUUUUGGUCGGUAUCGUUGGCAAUAUUAAUAAAAAACCUAAAAAUUUGGUGAAAACAUCUGUUUUUCAAGGGUUAUUGAUAGAUUUUUUUGAUGUAAAAUACGCAAUAAAUUCCAGUUUUUGUAACCUUUUGUUUUUAUAUACCUUAAAUAUCCAAAAAUCAUUACCGAUUAGCUAAAAAAUUCCAUAAAUUCAUCAAAAAUUUAAAAAUACCUCCUCCAACACCAAGUGUAAUAUAUUUUUCUUUUUUCAGUUAACCACCCACGGCGUAUUCAAAGACACAAUCCUGGUGCUAAUGGAAGCCACUCCACACCACGUUUCCAUGACCAAAGUCGAUGAAGACUUGACUUCCAUCGACGGUGUGUACGGAGUUCAUUCGCUUCGGAUUUGGUCGUUAAAACUGGAUUCGACCGCCAUUUCGGUGCAUUUGGACACUCAGCCUGGAGCGGAUGUUAGUGCUAUUGUGAGGCAAGCUCAGCACAAGCUUCAGCACGAGCAUGGUAUCGACUUUAUCACUGUUCAAGCCCAGUGUUCGUUAAGCCAUGCUAGUAGCGAGGUUCAACUGCUGGGAAUGACUGUGUAA